UUUCACCAAAGCACCCUCCAGAAGAUCAACAUCAUUCCUCCUAACUUUGAACUUCAUCUUGUAAGCCAGAGCUCCACUAAUUUAUUUUUACAUGGCACUCACUCUUCAUCCUGCAAAUUCCUGCUCAUAAAUGUUGAAUUCAUCAACUUGAUAAUAAACAAGUUACAGAAAUUCAACAUACAAAAUUGGCAAAACCCCAGAAAAAAAAUGCGGAGUCUCUUAAUCCUAAGACCACCAUCACCAUACUUCUCUUCUUCUCUCUCCUCCUCCUCCCAUUCACCUUCUUCCUCCUCCCUAUCUCCGCCGCCUAAUCCACCCACAACCACCAGGAGUAGCAGGUUACCGCGGCGGUUUCAGUUCCUUAGCCCUUCAUGUUCUUCUUCAAAGAAGCAUAAGCAGCAAACUUCACAGACUACCCUUCAGAAGUCUCCUGCUCCUCAGAGCCUCCGGCGUAUCUUGAAUUGGAACCCUAAACCUGAAGACGAUGACGAAGACUCGAAAGGCAGUGAUUCGGGUUUGAAAGAUGAAGAUGAAGAGAUGGAUAUGGAAGGGGAAACCGCCAUUAAAGGAACUCUUAUUGCUGGGUUUUUGUUAGUUGGUGUUGUUGGUGGGUUUGGCGCUGCUGGGUAUUUUUAUAAGGAUCAACUUUAUUCCUUCUUGACCCAGUUUUCUACCAUUAUUGAAGGUUACGGGCCAGCUGGAUAUGCGAUAUUUGUGCUUGUUUAUGCAGGACUUGAGGUACUUGCAAUUCCGGCUAUUCCAUUGACAAUGUCUGCAGGACUUUUAUUUGGUUCAGUCACCGGAACAAUACUUGUUUCCAUCAGUGGAACAUUAGCAGCGAGCAUUGCUUUUCUAAUUGCAAGAUACUUUGCACGUGAGCGAAUAUUGAAACUCGUUGAAGGAAACAAAAAGUUUCGUGCAAUCGAUAAAGCCAUUGGAGCGAAUGGUUUCAGAAUUGUUGCCCUCCUUCGUUUGAGUCCCUUGCUUCCCUUUUCCCUAGGGAAUUACUUGUAUGGACUUACGUCCGUCAAAUUUCUUCCCUAUGUUUUGGCAAGUUGGUUGGGGAUGCUUCCAGGGACUUGGGCCUAUGUGAAUGCGGGUGCUUUUGGGCGGGCGAUUAUCCAAGAAGAAUCCGGGCUUGGUGUGUCUGGAGGAAAUAAUCAACUCCUUACACUUGGGCUGGGAUUAUUAGCAACAGCUGUGGCUGCUUCAUAUGUCACCAAACUGGCCAAGGACUCGAUGAAGGACAUUGAGUGAAAGAGAAGGAAGGAUGUAUGUAGGUUGUAAAAUUCAUAGGUUACAUUUUUAUCAUGUAAAUUAAAAAUACGGAGUAGAAUUAUUUAACAGAAAUCUUAGUUCGAGUUGAUUUCUUCUUCCGAUUUGCGAGAAAUGACGAAAAGAAUGGCAUUAUUCUCCACAAAUGAAGAGAAUGAACAAAGAUAGUCUCAAAAUUGUAUUGACUUUGAGAUAUGUAAAUGUAAAUGUUCUGCUCCAGUUCAUAUUCA